CCUCUCCCAACUCUCCACUUAUCUCUUCCACCACCACCACCCCCACCCCCACAACUCCCAAAACCCAGUCCCAGAGAGAGACUGUUUCUCAAAAAUGGGCUGCGUUUCAUCCAAACACGUCAAAAAGGAACUCCUCAGGGAGAAAACCAUCCUCCACAACGGCAAUGCCGCCGCCGCAGGCGGUGGGAGCCCUCACCUCAACCACAUUGUAUCCCUCACUUCCUCCACCUACGGCGCACUCCAACUCGACCAGCCCAAUAAGCACGUCCCUCCGCCGGUGCUGCUCGAGAAGCAGAUGGCCCCGCCCGAACCCGAACCCGAACCCGAACCAGAGUCCCAACCUCUGCCGGAGGAGAUCAAUGCGGUGGAAUUGAUGGAAGGUCUGGAGGAAGGAGCCCCGCCCCAAUCGAAGAAGAACAGUCCCAAAUCGAGACCGCCGUUCCUCCGCGGGUUCACCGAGUUCGACCCGCGGAGCCCGUUGAAGUUCAUGAAUCAAAUAGGGUCGCCCCGGAAGGCCAAGACGUUCGGCGGCAAGGAGAACAAGUUCAACAAGAGAUCCUCUUCUUCUUCCGACUUCAAUUUCAGCCCCAGGCCGAUCCUCAAGCCCAACAACACCAAGAAUUGCAAGGCGGCGGUCCGGCUAAGUUACCCAGUCAAAUCGUCCCCCAAACUCACCGACUCGACCGAAUUGGGUUCUUCUUUUUCUUCUUCGUCUUCUUCAAACUCAAAUUCCAAGAGGAGCUUCAACAGCAAUCUCAGCCCGCUGUUCGAUCCGGAGCUCGUCAAACUGUAUGAGCGCGAGAUGGCGGAAGGGGAAGGAGAAGGAGAGCAAGUGAAGAGGAUCAUCUCGCUGACUCCCAGCAAAACCCUAAAACUACUGAAGAAGAAUUCCCAAGAAGAGGAUACAGAGGCAUUGCUCUGUUCCUUCGAGGAGAAAUGCCCUCCUGGGGGCGAGAACAGCGUGGUAGUCUACAGCACCACGCUCCGAGGGAUUAGGAGGACCUACGAGGACUGCAACGCCGUCAGAUCUAUCGUCGAUUCGUACCACGUCCACGUCAUCGAGCGAGACGUUUCGAUGGAUUCCGGCCUGAAAGAGGAGCUGAGAGGGCUGAUGGGUACGAAGGAGGUCAGGGUCCCGCUAGUGUUCGUCAAAGGGAGGCUCGUGGGUGGCGCCGAGCAGGUCGCCAAGCUCGACGAGGAAGGCAAAUUGGAGGCUCUGUUCGGCGGGAUUCCGAGGAGGAUGAGCUCCGGCUGCCGGAGAUGCGGCGGGGUCAGGUUUGUGAUGUGUAAAGAGUGUAAUGGAAGUUCCAAGGUCUUGGAUUGUGCUCUCAACAAGAAGGUGAGGUGUGGUAGGUGUAAUGAGAAUGGAUUGGUUCAGUGCCCCAUCUGCUGCUGAGAUUAUUUGAGGGUGGGGGGAUUUGAUUCGUCGAUGAUUUGUGUAAAAGUUUGCUUCUUUUGGCGGCUAUUCCUGUUCCUGAGGGAAGGAAUGGAAUGGAAUGUAACACUUGUGACUUGUUAAUUUAAUUUGUUCAAUCUUUGAUCUUGCUCUUGCAGCAAUCUUGCUGUUAGAUUCGAUUGAGGGCUAGAUUUCCAUUUGGUCGUAGUCUCUGCAUCGAAAUAAAUACAGUUCUCGAUC